GCAUUCUUUCUCGGUGCUAUGUCAGUUUCUGACCUUACUGGUGCUCGUUCUCCGUCUCUGGAUGACCCUAACCCCUCGUCUAAUGUCCCCUUCACGCCCAAGAAUGGUGCACCAUCCACUUCUGCUAACGACCACGAAACCAAACCAAAGACGACCCCGUACAAUUUCGGCGCUGGGAGCCACCGCGCUUUCCAUAUGAAGUACGAGCGAAAGGACUACGACAACUUCAUCAGGGAGGACCUUGAAUCCCGCGUAUUCAUUCCCUCCGAUGACUUUCUUCGUGUCAUCCUUCACCUUCCCCGGGAUUGGAGACAGGAUUCCACCAUUUCUGCUCUCAUUAAUAAGGUGAAAGCAGAUGAACAGUGGAAGGCACUGUGGAAUGACUACAAGGCCGAAUGCAGGACCAAGGACGAAACGAAUUUGUAUCACCCGCACAACAGUUUGUGCAAUAGGGCGCUCGCUUUGAUCAAGGACAGCACACGCUCGGGCCCUGAUAUUGGUUUCUACCGACAGGACCCUCAGCCUGUCAAAGGGAGCAACGCCGACCUUAAACCGGAUGCGAUUACUCUCCUGCUGUCUCUAUUCAACAGCUCCCAGAACAACAUCGAAGACAUCAAAACCGGAGGCCCGAAGAACAAUAUCGGGUGGCCGCAGCUUUUGCAGUGGCUUGAAUUCAAAUUAAGCUUUACUACCCUGGAUAAUGGUCGAUACGCCACUCGAGUCCUCACAGCAGACAAGAAGGAUCCGAUGGGAAAGCCUUCUCGUCAGAAGCCAUAUAUGCUCCCUGGAGAUCCGGAGGGUGUCGGUGUGGUGGCGGGACAGAAACGUAAAUCCGACGUAGCCCCGCGAGACUCGCGAUCUGGAAAAAAGGUUUCCCGGGCAUCGAAGAAGCAAGAUGCUGCUGCAAGGAGCCGAAUGCAGGAGGAGACCGAGUCUGAGCGUCUGCGCGAAAUAUGGAAAGGCAAGGACGAUAAGAACAAGGAGGACCCCCGACUACAGUGUGCGCGCUACGCGAUGGAGGUGUUGUCUAGUGCUGGGUUCAGGACGCACAGCAUCGGUGCCUUGAUUGGCGGUACUCACCUUCAGAUGCUCUACUAUGAUCGCUCCUCAAUCAUCGUAUCGCAAGAAAUCGACAUGGAUAAUGAUCCAGAUUCUUUCAUUGCUAUGCUGAUCGGAUUGCACGGGCUCACACUCGAAAAGAACGGCAUCCACAGUAUCAUUGAAGACCCGUUCCUUAGCGACUACGCAGAAUACACAAAGGAGCAUCAGGACGACACCGCGACGCUGUUCGAAGGGAGGAAGCUGACGCUAAAGAAGUCAGACGGUACUCCCGUGGUCUUGACGCUUGGAAAGAUCAUCUUCCGACAGCCUGGGAUUAUUGGCCGGGAUACGUGCGUCGUCGAGGCGACGGCUGAGGGUUACGAAGAGUGGAAGGGGAUGGAGACGAUCGUCAAAAUUAGCUGGCAAGCUAAAUCGCGUCCCUCGGAGAAGGAUUUCAUGAACGACGUGAAGAACGCGGUGGACAAGAUGUCCAAAGACGGUGCACCACAUCAUUGGGUCGCCAACCAUCUUCCCAAUAUUCUAUUGUCCCAGGACUUCGAGAUGGCGGAAGAUUCGCCACAGGCGAGACUCAAGGAGUACUUUGACGCUGUCAGCUAUGCAGAUGGAGGUUCAUUUAAUUAUGAGGAGCGGGUGUGCCGUAUCAUGGUGCAGGAGAGGCUUUAUUCAAUUACGAGUCUCCGCGAGCCUCGCCAGUAUGCUCAAGGAAUAUUUGAUAUAUUACAAGUCCACAAAUGGGUAUAUGACCACGCGAAAAUCAUCCACCGGGAUAUCAGCAUGACGAACCUUAUGUGGCGGAAGAGGAACGGCGUCAUUUGCGGGGUGUUGAACGACUUCGAUUUGUCUUCCUACCGUGAUCGUGAAAGUGCGUCGGCUCUACGUCGUACGGGAACGGGACCGUACUAUGCAUGCGAUCUCCUCGAAGACAAUCCUCCCGUUCAUAUUUAUCGCCACGACGUUGAAUCUAUGUUCAACGUCCUUGUCCUUCUUUUCUGCCGUUACAAGAUUCAGGAGACUCCAGCUCUAGAAGGCAAAGACCAGCUUGUGCAUGUACACGUCCUUCCGUUCGAGAGCUGGUAUGAUAUGUCGUACUCACAACUUUACAAGGAGAAGUUUCAAUUCUUCAAUGCGCCGACGAAAAACCUCGACAAGCUUCUCCCAGUUUCUAUCAGCUUCUCUGAUUUCAAACCCUGGCUCAGUAUGUGCUAUCAUCUGAUCAAGCAAGGCUUUUCCGACAGAAACCAUUACCUCUCGCCUGGGUACAGCAGUCCAAAUGAUCUGUUUGCUCAAUUCAAAUCUCCCAGAAUAUCAGAAUCAGCAGCCACGGUCCCCAAAAAGUUCGACGACGCAACCCUAGGAGGUUUUGUUGACUAUUCGACAUUCUUUACGGUGAUGCGCACAUUUGCGGCCCAACCUCUAAUCAUCAAAUAUGAUCCAAAUGUGACGAAAGCAGAGUCUCAGAUUUGACGCUGCGAGGGAUCUUGAAGAGAAGAUGUAGGAUUUUGGUCGCGACGAGCAGCAAGUGGCAAGUGCUAACUAGUACAGUGUUAUGUAUAAUAAUGUCUCCCCAGUCAGACCAGGGCAACCAGUAGUAACAAUUUGAAAGAAUCCCAC